AGCGCUGCGCUCCGAUAGCAACGAUGUAGUAUAUUCUUUUCUUUUUUUUUUGUUGUUCAAGAGCAAAGACGAGGACGAUAGAAGAGAGUCGGGAGUGUUUGCAUGUUUUGCUUAAAUGGGAAAUCUGUUGGGCAGCUGGCGUUUCAAGGAGCCGAGCACCGUUGAGGAAUGCGACUCGACGUGGGGGUCGGACUCCGAGAGAGACGAGCCGGCGGCUGAGGAUGACAGCGGCAUCUCCGACUCCGUCAGCCCGGCGGAGAGCGACCGGGCCGCCGGGGACCCCGAGGACGCGUCCCCGCAGCUGUCAGAAUCUCCAGAGGCUGUUCCAAAGAUGAAGAGGAGUUUCUACGCUGCCAGGGACCUCUACAAAUACCGUCACAGCUACCCGAACUACAGAAAGUCCUGGCAACCCAACGAGUACCGUAACCUGCGCUUCUACCUGAACAAGAUCCCUCUUGUACCUGAUGGCAUCUACGUAGAGGAGAUUCUGACUAAGUGGAGAGGCGACUAUGACAAACUGGAGCACAAUCACACCUACAUUCAAUGGCUGUUCCCAUUAAGAGAACAAGGGCUCAACUUCUACGCACAUGAACUGACUCAGGACGAGAUCAAAGAAUUCCAAAGCACUCGGGAAGCCAAGCGCAGGUUCCUGGCAGCCUAUUCCCUCAUGUUGGACUUCUACGGCAUCAAACUGCUGGAUAAGAGUGGGAAUGUUGCUCGGGCUUCCAACUGGCAGGAGCGCUUCCAGCACCUUAAUGAGUCCCAGCACAACUACCUGCGGAUCACUCGCAUCCUGAAGUCUCUGGGCGAGUUGGGCUAUGAGGCCUUCAAGGCCCCGCUGGUCCGUCUGUUCCUGGAGGAGUCGCUGUGCCGCAACACGCUUCCCAACAUGCAGCACAGCGCCCUGGAGUACUACGUCUACACCAUCCGCCUUCCGGCCACCCGCCGACGCCUGCUCCGCUACGCCCGCCAACACUACAGGCCCGCCCACGCCUUCCUCUGGGGGCCGCCAUCCAAAAGGCGAGGCGGCGUUGGCGCUGGUGGCAGUGGCGGUGCUGGGAGCAGUGGGAUCAGAGCACCUGCUCCGACACCGGAGCAUCAGCGGAGGGGGGAGGAGAGCACAUGUAGUAGCGGGAUUAUCGUGUCUUCCCAUGAUGCCGGGAUGUUCCCGGACCCGGCCGGAGGAGGGCUGAAGGGCUGCACGGGACUCGGUUUUAGCGCGGCCGGACUGGAGGGAGCGCUGACGAUGGCUGGAGCUAGAGGAGAGAGGAGCGAGCACAACAAAUUUAUUUCUUUGUAGGGGGGGGGAGGGUUUGAUUCUUUACCUGGUGUGGAAGGCAGAAACCAAAACAGGUGUUUCUGAAAGUAAUCGGAUCACAUGUUAAAGGGAAAAAAACAUUGUAAACAAAGUUCUGAAGCUUCUGGACGCUAAUUUAAAGGCAGUAAUAGUGAAACACAUUUUCUAGACUCAAUUCAGAUUAAGGGCUUUCUGUUAACAACUAUGGCGUUAUUUCUUUGCUGGUAAAUCCGUUUGUGCUGAAUAUGGGGUUAGGGUUGAGCUGUUUGCAGAGGUUUGAGGUCAUAUCCUGGCCAGGCUUAACUCUCCUCAACGUGUGUCGCAAGGUUUUUCCAAAUCUAUGGAUGCAGUUCCGAAACAAUUUAGACAGAAGAUUGCCUUAUUUGACGUUUUGGCCUGGAACUGAGAUGAAAUGAAACGUGGUGCUCCAGAUGCCGAGACCAUUUUAGAACCAAACGCUAUGUUGGUCAUUGCAAUAGUUUCCGGCCGGACAGAGCUCACUUUGUAGUUUGUACAGGCGUUGUACAGUUAGAAUUAUAAUGUGAAGAGGAAGGUCAGGUAGAUCCCCCCAAAUCCUUUGAAAGGGACUUUGGGAACACAGAGAAGAGAGAAAGUCAGGGGUGGACUAAUUCGUCAAAGCAAUACUUUGAAACCAUAUUUUAUUUAUUUUAGAUAGACUUAAAAUCCUCACUUUGUUGUUGACGAUAGCAGGCACAACUCAAUAUUUAAAUUAAAAGUAGCCCCCCCCCCCACAUGGAAAAUUGUACAUAUCUGUAGAGCAAAAAACAAGACUUAUUAGUGACUUGAUGUCUAGAUGAAAUAGUUAUGAAUAGAGAGGUUUUUAGUGACGCCAUCACACUGCUGUAAACUAUGACCGGCACAAUGGAGGUCCACUGGGAAAGUGGCUAAACAUAGUAUUUAACUAGAAGCAUAAUGCCCCUAUGGCUAAACGUUAAAGAAAGUGAACAGUACUGCGUGUAUACACUGAGAUCUGAGAUUUGGAUCCUUUCCGAAAUGUAUUUUUUUUACGUAAUCCUGCUGACAAAUGAUGAUGGAAAGCAAUAAGAACUACCACAUAAUAAAACAAACUUAUUCAAUGAAGCCUAACGGUAAAAAUAUAUUGAAAAAUUGGAGUUCCGUUUAUUCGCUACGUCUCCGCAGCCUCACUUGAGUAAAAAAAAAAAAGAACAGGUGACUUCAGAUCUGUAAGGCAGUUGUGAUUUUAGCUGAAAAACAUAUUUUUUCCAGCUUUGGUGUUGAAUCCAACACCAAAGCUGGAUGGUUUCGACUUUCUAGUUCCCUCCAUUUUGCGUUAACAAUGCGACUAACAAUAACAGUAAUUGACUGAGGCCAACAAGGCAUGCUGGGACGAUCAUAGGGCAUCUCACAAACGCCUCGUACCGGAGUACAUGGCACAUAUACCGGGAGUAUUUCAUUCCAACAGAUCAUUAGAUAUUAAUUUUUUUCCAACUGCUAAUGGUGGUUCAAAUUUAAUUAGUAAAAACCGGGGCCAUGCUUAACUUCGCUGUUAUUGCCGAUAGCAGAAAAAACUCCAAUAUGGUCACCUCAAAGCCCUUUAUAUCAACUAAACAUGGUGAUUGGAUUUGGACUGCAGUUUAUGUGAUCAACAACAGGUCAUGUGUGUUGUGUUGCACGUUUUUUUAACAAUCUGUGUCUUCCUGUUGAAAGCGCUGUAGGUUUAUUUAGAAACAGAUCUACAAAUAUAAUCUAAAUAUAAUCUAAUCAGGAACUUUCCAAAUCAUGAACAUAACUGAUUGUUCUAUAUUGUAUAACAUUGAAAGAAUUACAACAGUAAUCAUUUUGUUUUUAACCAAGCUACAAAUAGUAGGUGGUGAUGCUGUUGACUAUGAAUAAGCAAUACAUACCGAUAUCGAUAUAAUAUUUUUAUCCCAAAAACUAUUAUUUCCCCUAGAGCUGUACACUACUGAGGGUGCAAGAGUCAUUAAACUAGCAUGUAGAACGCUACAGUUACUCUCCACCAACUGAGACGUAAAGAAAUACAUCAUCAUAUCAAAGGUUGACAGCGCCACCUCGCUUGUGUUGCGUUUUUUUUUUUUUUUUAUAAAAAUGUGUAUUACUGUCUAGUUAGCUUAACACGGAAAAGUUCAGGCUAUUUUGUUUUAAUUCAAGGUGUCAUUUCAAACACAUUUUGACAAUAGAUGAGAUAUCAGUGAAAUUAAAAAGCCAUGCAGUGAUGCAUGUGAUGGGGAUUCACACACUCGUCCCGGACUUCCUGUCAGCCGUUCUUCCUGUUUAUCGUUAGCUGACGGGGUCCCGACAUGGCUCCCCCAGCCAAGUGUAUCUGAUAUAAUUGUAAAGAUAACUUUUCAGGUGAUAACAUGGGCUCUUGUAUCUGAAUUUUUAGUGUACUGUGUGUACAUAUAUAUAUACAUAUAUAUGUGUGUGUGCGAGUGUUUGUGUGUGUGUGUGUGUGUGUGUGUGUGUGUGUGUGUGUGUGUGUAUAUAUCUGAUUCUUAAGUGCCUUUUUUGUAUUUUUUAUGUUGAUCUGUAUGCUGUAAGGACUGUCUCUCCCAACUGAUUUCCUAUACAUCCUGGGUUUUUUUUUGUACAGCAUUUUGAUAUUUACAUUGUAGUCAUAUACAGUAUUAAUGUACAGUAACAGCAGAAAUAAAUCACAUAGGAGCUGGUGUAGAGGAGAAGGUUAAUAUUAUAUGAUACUUGAAACUGUUUGUAUCUGGCUUAUUGAUGAAAAUGUGAUGGUUUCAUAGAUGAAUAUUCACUAUGCUUGCUGGACAUAGAUGGGCCACAAUAACUGGACAUUUGCCUGAAAAUGUGAAAUUUGCCACACAAAACUCAAAUAAAAU